AAUAAAAACCCUACAAAGGGAGCAACCAAGCGAGGAGGGUUAGCUGAAGUCUGAAACUUAAGGUCGAGCUUCUUCUUUCUAACAGCACGUGAUAGCUGUCUCAUAGUUUUCUUGCAAGUUUCAGUUCAGAUUAAGAAUAUAGCUCGCUCUUUUGUUGAUAAGAAAGCACGUACUGCUAAGAGCUAGCUUUGUUCAGGUCUGGAGGAAGCUACAGUUAUAUGUAAUCUUAUGUAUAAUUGUUCCUUUUCUAUCUUCAGUAACCAGCAGAAACCAAAAUCUUUUAGGUAUAGCCAUUAGGGUUUGUUAGCUCGUAAGGUCUUGAUAACCAGAAGUAGGUGAGAGUGAGCACCGUUUGAGCUAGCUAGUUACCAUCCACCAGUAGUUUCUGUACUGUGUUGAUAUGGACGAGAUGAGGAGUAGUGACAUAGAGAAGCAAGAUGAAGUCAUGCUACCUGGCUUCAGGUUUCAUCCAACGGAUGAAGAGCUCGUCAGAUUCUACCUUAGAAGGAAAAUCCAGCAGAAGUCUCUUCCCAUUGAGCUCAUCAGGCAGCUGGACAUCUACAAGUAUGAUCCAUGGGAUCUCCCAAAGUUAGCAAGUACUGGAGAGAAGGAAUGGUAUUUCUACUGCCCAAGGGAUAGGAAGUACCGGAACAGCACAAGGCCAAACAGGGUGACUGGAGCAGGUUUCUGGAAGGCCACUGGAACCGAUAGGCCAAUCUACUCCUCCGAUGGAUCAAAGUGCAUAGGCUUGAAGAAGUCCCUUGUCUUCUACAAGGGCAGAGCAGCUAAAGGCGUCAAAACUGACUGGAUGAUGCACGAGUUCCGGCUGCCAUCGCUCACUGACCCUUCAUUGCCACAGAAGAAGCCACUCGAGAAGAUCAUUCCACCAAAUGAUUCCUGGGCAAUCUGCAGGAUUUUCAAGAAAACCAAUUCCACGGCACAAAGAGCGCUCUCACACUCAUGGGUAUCUCCUCCCUUGUCCAGCACAAAUGAAGCCUACACUGCCCCUGUCUCGCAGACCACACAGAGAAGUCAGCAUACCUCAGAUAACACAUCAUCAGUAAUGACCGAUGCCAUCUCCUCCACCAUCCAGUUCACCGGAAGUAGCUACUUGCCUUCAACAGUUCCUUCAUGCCACAACCCACUCAGCAUGAUUGACAGCAACAGCAGGCCAGAUGCAUCUGUACCUCUACCCUCACCGGUUGCAGAGCAUCAGACCAUGGGUAUCCUCUCAGCAAUCCCACUUGAUAUUACAGCUGGGAUUGACAUUGCAUCCAUGGUUUUCAAUGCAUCAUCCUUCACACUCCCAAACAUGGAUAGAAUGACUGCAAACAUAGAGUUUGGCCAACCACAGAAGUGCAACAGCAGCAGCAGCAUGACCAACAGAUGUGUGGUCGACAUGCCUGAUGUUGCUAACAAUAUCAACAGCGGUCCACGGUCCAUCAACUUCAACCUGCAAGGAACACUUUCUGAUGACUGGAGAAUGACCUUGCCAUGGGAAUCACUCCCUUGCACGACAGAAGUCUCAACAAAUUUCCAGUCAACCAAGUGCUAUACUUAGGUUUCUAGUAAUGUAGGUUUGGUUUUAGAAUGCGGUAGUGAAGAUUAGCAUCUACCUCUGUCUGCUAGUAUUACUGUUAGCAUGAAGAGGUAUUCGAAUUUCGUUCUGUUAACAGUGAAGCUAACAGAAUUAGGAAGCAAUAUGCUACUAGUCCACAAUGUAGGAUGCAUCAUGGAACUAAUUACCUCCUUAUGCAGUGCAAG